UUGAUGGUUAAAGAUGGCCGUUGAAUCUUGAAGUAUUUAGAAUUUGAUUUUGUUUUCGUUAAACAAUGUUUCUCAUUUCAUGAGAACUUAGUUUUCGUUUUAUGCUUUUAUUUAUUUGGUUUUCUUUUUAUCAGUAAAUAUGUUUACUUUUCGUUUGAUUUUGAAUGAUUAUGGUUGAUGUUCCUUACUUUUGAAUUGAUUUUACUUAAGUUUUGGUUAUAAAAUAAGUACAAAUCAGGUAUUUUAAAACUGAAGAACCGAUUUUACUCAUGUUUUGGUUAUAAAAUAGGUAAAAAUCAGGUACUUUUAAACCGAAAAACCGAUUGAGACCCGAACCCAAAAGUAUAUUGGGUUGUACCGGUUUUUUGAAGAUUUACUAAUCCCGACCCGAACCCGAUAGAACCCGAACCGGUCCCGAACCAAACUUUCAUAUAAUCCGAAUGGGGCUGAUUUUGAUAAACCCAAAAAACCAAAACCCGAUUGGAUAAAACCGAAACCCGAUUGGGACCCUGAAUGCCCAGGCCUAGAAAUGCCACACUUUAGCUCUAAUGACAUUUGUUUUUAAACAUAUUGAAGAUUAACUCAAUCCAAUUAUAAAACAUUUUGAUAAUUAUGGUGAUGACUAUCUUCGCAAUCAUAUUGACGACGACAACAAUGAUGCUAACAGUCACAUUGUUACUGUAACCACUCUGAAGUUGUGGCUUCUAUCUUUUUUUUUUUUUGUGAAGCUAGUUGUGGCUUCUAUCUAAUCUGUCAACAAUAACAUGUUUAUCUUGGUUAGAUUUUUUUGGGUUAGAUUUAAUGUUUAUCUUUUUGUUAAACCAACAUAAUUUCGGUAGGAGAAUAUAUCAUAUCCAUAAUUAAUUUCAAAAUAUCUGCUAAUUCAAAGUAUACAUGUUACAAUUGUUACAAGUAAUCUCUCUCAGGGGUAAAAGGCUUAAAAAGCAAAGAUUAAAAGAAAGAUUACUUUCUAGUAGAAAGUUUCUAUUGUUACCGCCAUCGACAACAACAAAAAUUAUGUGGCCAAGUUGGGCCAAGUCUUGGGUUUGACUCUGGUUAGUGGUCCCAUUACUUUGUGUAUGUGAAUGUGAUGGUUUUAACUUUUAACUAGCACUCUUCUAUGAUAAAAAUCCUUUGAUGCUCCUUAUUGUAUAAUAUGUGUUCGAGUUUACAGAGGUGAGUAUCGCGGCUUGUAAUAGUUAUGUUAGUUUGGUGGCCAAAUCAAACUCCUUAAGGAGUUAGACAUUACAAAAAGCAAGGAACGGAAGCAAUAAAGAAACUCAAUCUCUAAAUAGCCAUCAAAAUUGAUUAGAUGAAGUCAAUUUUGUAAACAACGUCUAGGUGACUAGAAAGCUAAGAAUUAAAUGAAUCGGUAGCUUGAAUUUUGGUGAGAUAACAUAUGUUGCUCUCUCGCCAUAGUUCAUAAUUAAAUGGUGAUCAUAUAUAGGUCUGGUCUCAAGCCUACGCCAGUAAAGGACAUAAAGCCAAGCAUGGGAAGGUGGCACAGCUAGCACCUUCAGUAAUGCACGUUAAUAGACUUUUGGUUAUAUUUUAGGAGUAUUAUUUACAAGUAUUAAUGAAUGUAAGUAAAUGAUAUUUUAUAUUUUCUAUACAACUUCAAAAUAAGUUUGGAUUUUAUAUUUCUUUGAACAAAAAACAAUUCUGAAACUAUUUCACAUAAUAUGAUGUUUAUUCCCCUAAUACUUUCACAUUUAGCCUCAUUUAGAGGAAUCUAUCUAACCUUACCAAACUAAUAAGGAAAAAAAACUGUAAAAAACAUUGAAAUGAGGAAUCACACAUGGAUUUCCAUUCUGUAAUCUUGUACUUUGGAUUCUCCACUAUAAUUUGUAGUACACUAUCUUUUGCCAAACAUACAUCUAUCUUUUUGCAAAGGCUUGACAAAAAUAGUUUAAAGCAUAUUGUAUAACGUAUGCCUGCCUAAAACCGUGACCCAUCGAACAAGUUCUCUUUUUUCCCUAUUUUUUUUAACUCAAACGUUUCUUCAGUCUCAGUAUGUUAUUAUUUUAAACUCUUUUGAAUAUGUAAAUAGAAAAUUCUUGGAUAGAUAUACUAGUUUAAUUUGUAGUCUCUGAAAUGAUUUAAGUAAAUAGAAAUUCUUAAAUGUUUUACCAAAGUUAAUGAAACUGCAAAACUAGAAUGGAACAUUGAGAUUUGAGAGAAUAGGAAUCAGAAAGAAGCAGCCUACCACAGAACUAUGGAAUUUACAUUAUUGUCAUACUGUAUAUGAGGAUUCUUUACACAACCAUAAUACACUAAUGUCAACAUUAAUAAAGGAAUUUACAUUUAUUACGAUAAUUUAUUCAAAGAUUCUUUACACAACAAAUAUUAAUUUCGGAAAGCAUAUUAUCAUGGCAAGGAAGUUAAUUAAACCCACCAAUGAUCUUUAACCACACUUUCUAACACAUUUGCCUAUAUAAAGCAACCACAUCUCUCAUCUUCUUUCACCCUCAGAUCAUUAUCAUCUCCACAUAGGAAAAAAAAAACUCUCCUCUCUUUGACUAAUUAACAAAGUAUAUAAAUCGAAUCGAACCAAACUAAACCGGUCCGGUAAUUGCUCUCUGUCCCUCGGCUACCUCUGUCUUCUCCUCCGAUUCGUAAGCAGAAAUGGCGUCCAAGAACGAUAAGAAAAUGACGAAGAGUUACUUCGACGUUCUUGGAAUAUGCUGUACCUCGGAGGUUCCUCUGAUUGAGAACAUUCUCAAAUCUCUCGACGGAAUCAAGAAAUAUUCGGUCAUUGUGCCGUCAAGAACCGUCAUCGUUGUCCAUGAUAGCCUCAUCAUCUCUCAGUUCCACAUCGUUAAGGCCCUUAACCAAGCGAGGCUAGAAGCAAACGUGAGGGUAACCGGAGAAACAAACUUUAAAAACAAAUGGCCAAGUCCGUUCGCGGUGGUUUCCGGCGUACUUCUCCUCCUUUCAUUCUUCAAAUAUCUUUACUCUCCCUUCCGUUGGCUCGCCGUCGCAGCCGUCGUCGCCGGAAUAUACCCCAUACUAGCUAAAUCUAUAGCAUCCAUUGCAAGGACUAGAAUCGACAUCAAUGUUCUCGUUGUAAUAACCGUGGGAGCAACACUCGGUAUGCAAGACUACACAGAAGCUGCAGCAGUUGUAUUCUUAUUCACAAUAGCUGAAUGGCUCCAAUCUAGGGCAAGCUAUAAGGCAAGUGCGGUGAUGCAGUCUCUUAUGAGUUUAUCUCCACAGAAGGCGGUGAUUGCAGAGACAGGAGAAGAAGUUGAAGUGGAUGAGCUCAAGAUCAACACUAUUAUAGCAGUCAAAGCUGGAGAAACCAUACCUAUUGAUGGAGUUGUUGUGGAUGGAAACUGUGAGGUUGAUGAGAAAACUUUAACCGGUGAAGCAUUCCCUGUGCCUAAACUGAGAGAUUCAACUGUUUGGGCUGGAACCAUUAAUCUAAAUGGUUACAUAACCGUGAAAACAACUUCUCUAGCUGAGGAUUGUGUUGUUGCAAAGAUGGCUAAGCUGGUGGAAGAAGCUCAGAACAGCAAAACCGAAACUCAGAGAUUCAUAGACCAAUGUUCUAAGUACUAUACUCCAGCGAUCAUCAUAAUAUCACUAUGUUUUGUGGUUAUCCCAUUCGCUUUAAAGGCUCACAACAUGAAACAUUGGUUGCACUUAGCACUAGUUGUGUUAGUAAGCGCUUGUCCUUGUGGGCUUAUUCUCUCAACACCAGUAGCCACUUUCUGUGCGCUCACGAAGGCAGCCACAUCAGGACUUCUGAUCAAAGGAGCUGAUUAUCUUGAGACCUUAGCCAAGAUCAAAACCGUUGCUUUUGACAAAACUGGGACCAUCACUAGAGGAGAGUUCAUCGUCACUGAUUUCAAGUCCAUCUCCAGAGAUAUAAGCCUGCAUAGCUUGCUUUACUGGGUAUCAAGCGUGGAGAGCAAGUCAAGCCAUCCAAUGGCUUCUGCACUUGUGGACUAUGCUAAAUCUGUCUCUGUUGAACCUAAGCCUGAAGCGGUUGAGGACUAUCAGAACUUUCCAGGAGAAGGUAUCUAUGGGAAGAUUGAUGGCAAAGAAGUCUAUAUUGGGAACAAAAGGAUUGCCUCCAGAGCUGGAUGUUCAUCAGUUCCAGAUACUGAUGUUGAUACUAAAGGAGGAAAGACGGUUGGAUAUGUCUACGUUGGAGAAACACUUGCUGGUAGCUUCAAUCUCUCAGAUGCUUGUAGAUCAGGUGUAGCUCAAGCGAUGAAAGAACUUAAAUCUUUGGGAAUCAAGACUGCAAUGCUUACCGGAGAUAACCAAGCUGCAGCAAGGCAUGCUCAAGAACAGCUAGGGAAUGCUAUAGAUAUCAUUCAUGCAGAGCUUCUUCCAGAAGGCAAAUCUGAAAUCAUCAAAGAGUUUAAGAGAGAAGGUCCAACGGCUAUGGUGGGAGACGGUUUGAAUGAUGCACCAGCUUUGGCUACGGCUGAUAUUGGUAUCUCAAUGGGUAUCUCAGGCUCAGCUCUUGCAACAGAGACUGGUAAUAUAAUCUUGAUGUCUAAUGAUAUUAGAAGAAUACCGCAAGCUAUAAGGCUUGCACGCAGAGCUAAAAGGAAAGUGGUGGAGAAUGUGGUCUUGUCCAUCACUAUGAAAGGAGCAAUUCUUGGUUUGGCUUUUGCUGGUUACCCGUUGAUUUGGGCAGCGGUUCUUGCAGAUGUGGGGACUUGUCUGCUAGUGAUUCUUAAUAGCAUGUUGUUGCUUAGGGAUAAACAAAAGGGUGGAAACAAAUGUUAUCGGUCGUCUUCUUCUCCUUGUGUCUUAAACGCGGAGAAACAUGAAGGUGAUGCUGCUGGGGACAUGGAAGCAGGCUUAUUACCACCAACGAGGAGUGAUAAGCAUUGCAAGUCGAGCUGUUGUGGAAAGAAGAAUCGAGAGAAAGUGAUGAAGCCGCACCAUGGUCACUCUGGUUGUUGUGACAAGAAACAGAAAGACAAUGUAAAGAUUGUGAGGAAGAGCUGUGAUUCAGGGUGUUGUGGUAGUGGUAACAAGACUCAGCAACCAGACCAAGACGAGGGCUGUCAUGACAUGCCAUCGGAGGAGAUAAGACUUGACGUUGGUGAUGGUGGUGAUUGCAAGUCCGUUUGUUGUGGAACUGGCACAAUUCAACAAGAAGGUUCUUCAAACUUAGUCAAUGUGGAUGGAGAAGUGAAAGUCUCGGUCAAAGGUUGUUGCUCAAGGCCUGCUGAACAUGUGGUAGCUAGCUUGAAAGUGAAGAGCAAUGGGCACUGUGAAAGUUCCAAGGAAGAUAAAGAAGAGACCUGUUCUGAGGUGAAAAUGAACUGUGGCAGCAGGGAGAGGAGUCACAGUCAUGAUCACCACCAUGCAUGAAAAGAGAUUGUGAUUGAGUUAGCUUUAGCUUUAGCUUCUUGCUCACUUUUGUAACCUUACAUCUUAGAAUCAUAUCAGCAAAGAUGAUGUAUUAUUGAUGUUGAUUCAUUGAGGAAUCCUUUUCAUUUGCUAUCUCAAGUCAAAAGUGUUCAAAGUA